UGAUUUCCAACUCUCUCUCUCUCUCUCUCCCCCUCUGUAUUGCAAUGUCUGCGUUGGAAUACUUAUCUCCAUUAACACACACCCAACUUUACUUGAAUUCUGACUCCAAUUUCCACCGCUGGCGGAGGCACACGGCGACAUCGUUUCGGCACGCGGUGACGUCGACACGUUUCGCUCCCAAUUCGGGACAGCCUAGGGUUCCGACUAGGCACGCUAAUUUCUCGACCGAUUCGUUGAGGUUCCAUGUUUGGGGAGAUUUCAAGAGGGGAUACGAUAGGAUUAGGGCUAGCAGUGGCCAAGAGAGCGAUUCCGCCGCGAGUUCCGGCGAGGAGAAGAGUGGCGACGGCGACAAGGGAUCGAAGACGGCGACGGGGUCCGGCUCGAACAGGAGGAAGGAAAAGCAGCAGGGGAAGGGAGGGUGGUGGUGGUGGUGGUUGGGGUCUAAAGGCGCCAGCGGUGGCAGCGGAGGGAAGUGGCGGUGGCAACCGAUAGUUCAGGCUCAGGAGAUUGGGGUUCUGCUUCUUCAGUUGGGGAUUGUGGUGUUUGUUAUGAGGUUGCUUAGGCCAGGGAUUCCAUUACCUGGGUCCGAACCUAGGGCUGCAACCUCGUUCGUGAGUGUUCCGUAUAGUGAGUUCUUGAGCAAAAUCAACAGUGACCAGGUUCAGAAGGUGGAGGUUGAUGGGGUGCACAUCAUGUUCAAAUUGAAGCCUGAGGUUGGAACUACUGGGAGUGAUGGUAGUAGUGAAGUUGCUUCUUCUGGUGCCAACUAAGAGAAUUGUUUACACCACCACUAGGCCUAGUGAUAUUAGGACUCCUUAUGAGAAGAUGCUGGAGAAUCAGGUGGAGUUUGGGUCGCCGGAUAAGCGGUCCGGAGGGUUCUUUAACUCGGCAUUGAUAGCAAUGUUCUAUGUUGCUGUGCUAGCAGGGCUUCUCCACCGAUUCCCUGUAAGCUUUUCUCAGCACACAGCUGGACAGAUUAGAAACCGCAAAUCCGGAACUUCUACUGGUACAAAGUCAUCUGAACAAGGUGAAUCUAUCACUUUUGCUGAUGUCGCCGGUGUUGAUGAGGCUAAGGAGGAGUUAGAAGAGAUUGUGGAAUUUCUUCGAAAUCCCGAUAGAUAUAUACGGCUUGGAGCUCGUCCCCCGCGGGGUGUACUCUUGGUGGGUCUUCCUGGGACAGGUAAGACUCUACUAGCAAAAGCAGUGGCUGGGGAGGCUGAUGUGCCAUUUAUAAGUUGUUCUGCUAGUGAGUUUGUAGAGUUGUAUGUUGGCAUGGGUGCCUCCCGUGUGAGAGAUCUCUUUGCAAGGGCAAAGAAGGAAGCUCCAUCCAUAAUAUUUAUUGAUGAGAUAGAUGCUGUGGCCAAAAGUCGGGAUGGUAAAUUUCGCAUUGUCAGCAAUGAUGAACGAGAACAAACAUUGAAUCAGUUGCUCACUGAAAUGGACGGGUUUGACAGCAACUCUGCAGUGAUUGUUCUUGGAGCUACCAAUCGCUCAGAUGUCUUAGACCCUGCACUCCGGCGACCAGGAAGAUUUGACCGUGUAGUUAUGGUGGAAACACCGGACAGGAUCGGUAGGGAAGCUAUUCUAAAAGUACAUGCUUCCAAGAAAGAACUUCCUUUGGCCAAGGAUGUUGACCUUGGCGACAUUGCUUCUAUGACCACUGGUUUCACGGGAGCGGACCUUGCAAACCUAGUAAACGAGGCUGCUUUACUGGCGGGAAGGCAGAAUAAAGUUGUUGUGGAGAAGAUUGAUUUCAUCCAUGCUGUGGAAAGAUCAAUAGCUGGCAUAGAGAAGAAGACUGCUAAGUUACAAGGAAGUGAGAAGGCUGUAGUUGCACGACAUGAAGCUGGUCAUGCUGUAGUAGGCACUGCAGUUGCAAAUCUUCUUCCUGGUCAGCCACGUGUUGAGAAACUGAGUAUAUUGCCAAGGUCCGGAGGGGCUUUAGGCUUUACUUAUACUCCCCCAACAAAUGAGGACAGAUACUUGCUUUUCAUUGAUGAGUUGCGUGGUCGCUUGGUGACUCUUCUUGGAGGGCGUGCAGCAGAAGAAGUGGUUUAUUCUGGUCGGGUAUCAACAGGCGCACUUGAUGACAUACGACGAGCGACUGACAUGGCAUACAAAGCUAUAGCUGAAUAUGGCCUAAGUCAGAGUAUAGGCCCCGUGUCAAUUGCCACCCUUUCUAAUGGCGGACUGGAUGAGUCUGGUGCAGUUCCUUGGGGAAGGGAUCAGGGACAUCUUGUUGACCUUGUCCAAAGAGAGGUGAAAGCAUUAUUGCAGUCUGCGCUGGAUGUAUCACUUUCCAUUGUGCGAGCUAAUCCUACUGUCUUGGAGGGUCUUGGUGCUCAUUUGGAAGAAAAAGAGAAAGUAGAGGGUGAAGAGCUACAAAAGUGGUUAAGACUGGUAGUUGCACCAACGGAGCUUUCAGUCUUUAUCAGUGGCAAGCAAGAAUCUAUUCUCCCGUUACAGUCAUUGCAGACAGGUUCCUGAACAAUUAAGAGCUGUCUCUAUUAUGCUGCCAGUGUGAAGUGGAACUUGAGGUAUGAUUUUUGAUGGUCAUUCGGCUGAAACCAGUGAAGUUAUAUCUCUGUAGCAUGAGCUCACCCUUACAACAUUUGUAUAUUCCUGUAAGGUGAAUUUUGGCUUCAUUUUUAACCCCAUAGCCAGCUUGUUAUUUAACUUCACUCAACCAAAGCCACAGGGAAAAAGAAACAUGAAUCAAAUACAUACAUUAGUGCCUUUCUUAUAUAGGGCUUCCUAAAUCAUAACUGCUCCCGCUUUCACUUCAUGCAUCCUGCUAUUUGAAUUUCUUGUAUAUUGACUAUUAUUUCAGUCAUGAUGUGACUGUCUACAAAUGUAAUUUUAUAUAUAGCUGUAUACAUUAUAAUUAUAAUUAUGUGAAAUACAUAGGAUCCCCCCACCCUCCACAAAACCAUGAAAACAAUCCUUUAUACCACAUGGAAUGUACCAUGUGGGGAAUAAAGAUGUAUUUAUUUAGAUGGAUAUUUUUUUCCUAUUGAAAUGUUGAAAAAUGUGGGAGGUGGAUCGUUUUGCGGCCUUUUA